AUGACCGUAAUAAAGCACAUCAAAAGUGGGGACCACACAUUUGUUGUGGGUCCCGUUACAUCUAUGAUUGGAAAGCAAGUACUUGAUGUCUUGCGGAACGAGCUCGGUAUGGCAUACCAGGAGAAGUUUCUGGGACUGGGGGAGAAGGUGAAAGUGAAUGUCAUGAACAGAUUAGGCAAGGGACAGAGUCUCAGCCUUCAUUGCCAGUCCAAAGACAACGAUCUCGGCCAACAAAGUGUCGCGGAUGGAGGGGAAUAUGGAUGGGAUUUCACGACCAAUAUAAUUGGAAACACACUAUUUUACUGUGACAUGGGAUGGAAGAGCACAGAUCAGUUCCAUUUCGACUCGUAUACUAGUACAAGAGACCAUGUUCGAUGCAAGACUGACUGCACUUGGCUUGUAGCAGGAGAAGGCAUCUAUGGCAAAAAUGAUCAAACAGGAUUUUGGGAAUUCAUUUACCAUUGGUGA